CUCAGGCCUUUCCGUUUUGCACUGGCGAUGAUUUUUGCAAUCGAGGAAAUAAACAAUGACACAGCUCUGCUUCCCGGGGUCACUCUGGGAUACCGCAUAUACGAUUCUUGCAAUUUGCUACAGUUAUCGUUAAAAGCAGCUAUGGAUUUUCUAAACAGUCCAGAGGCAAACACAUCCUCUGAUAACUGUAAAAAGUCCUCCACUGUUUCUGCGAUUGUUGCUGAUGCUGGAUCUACAAAAUCUUUAGCAAUAGCACCUUCCAUUGGUACCUUCAGAAUCCCUAUGGUUAGCUACUUUUCCACCUGUGCGUGCCUGAGCAAUAGAAAGGAAUAUCCGUCAUUUUUUCGAACAAUACCAAGUGAUUACUAUCAGGCUAGAGCAUUAGCCCAGUUGGUGAAACAUUUUGGAUGGACCUGGAUUGGGACAGUUAAGGGCGACGAUGACUAUGGAAACUUUGGAAUGCAAGCAUUUGAAGAGGCCGUUCAACAGUUAGGUGUUUGUAUAGCUUUUUCCGAGUCGUUUCAUAAAACAUACACUCGCGAGAAGUUACUGAAAACAGUUAACACCAUCAAAUUAUCUUCUACAAAAGUUGUCGUUGCUUUUGUGGGAGUAUCAAGUAUGGGUGUCCUUCUAAAAGAAAUGAUUGAACAAAAUGUCAGCGGUAUACAAUGGAUCGGAAGUGAAUCAUGGGUUUCCAUGUCUCUUCUUCCUCCGGAGGAAAGUAAAAAGAUUGCUUCUGGGGCAAUUGGAAUUGCAAUUCGCAAAGUCGGUAUACCAGGGUUGAGGGAGUUCUUGAUGAAAGUUCAUCCAUCUUUGUAUCCAGGGAACAUCUUGGUGAAAAAGUUUUGGGAAAGUUGUUUCGGCUGCACUCUAAGUGCUGGGAAUACAUUAGAUUCUCGAAAACCUGGAUCAGAACUUAAGGAAUGCACAGGACAAGAAAAUUUACAGAAUGUCCAAAAUGAAUUUACUGAUGUGUCGCAGUACAGAGUGACUUACAAGGUGUACAAAGCAACUUAUGCGAUAGCUCAUGCACUUCAUAAUAUGGCGUCAUGUAAAACUGGGUCAGGGCCUUUCUCCAAUGGGAGUUGUGCAAAUAUUUCAAAUUUUCAACCAUGGCAGUUAUUAUAUUACAUGAGAACUGUGAAGUUCGUAACUAAGAUGGGAGAAAAGGUUUAUUUUGAUGAAAACGGAGACCCUGUCGCAACAUAUGAUAUUGUAAACUGGCAACCAAAUGCCCUCGGUAACAUUGACAUUGUAAAUGUUGGACGCUAUGAUGGAGCAGCUCGUUCUGGAGAAGAAUUUUCGAUAAUAGAAGAGGCAAUUGUUUGGAGUGGUGGUCAGAAGUCGGUUCCUAAAGCUGUUUGUUCUCAAAGUUGCCAUCAUGGAACAAGGAAAGCAGGAAGAAAAGGACAACCCAUUUGUUGUUUUGAUUGCAUUCAAUGUGCACAGGGUGAAAUUAGUAACACAACUGAUUCCGUUCAUUGCAUAAAAUGUCCAUUGGAAUUCAAAUCUAAUGAACGACGGGAUCAAUGCAUUCCAAAGGAUAUUGAGUUUCUUUCCUUUUUUGAGACAUUGGGAAUCAUUCUGGUGACACUGGCGCUGUUUGGAGCCUGCACCGCUGUUGGUGUGUGUGCAAUAUUCUAUGUGUACAGAUGUACUCCGAUUGUUAAAGCUAAUAACUCUGAGUUAAGUUUCCUUCUUCUUUUUGCCCUGACACUUUGUUUUCUGUGUUCAAUUACAUUCAUUGGGGAACCUUCAGUUUGGUCUUGUAUGCUCUGCCACGUAGCGUUUGGUAUUAGUUUUGUUCUUUGCAUUUCUUGUGUAUUGAGUAAAACAAUCGUUGUGGUGAUGGCGUUCAAAGCAACGCUGCCUGGCAAUAAUAUGAUGAAGUGGUUUGGACCAAGACAGCAACGGCUGGUGGUUUACAUCCUCACACUGGUGCAAUGUGCAAUAUGUACUACCUGGCUAAUUGUAUUUCCACCUUAUCCAUUGAAAAACACUAGUCACUCUAAUGAGAUAAUCGUGUUUGAAUGCAACGUAGGGUCUUCUUUAGCCUUCUACAGUGUACUCGGUUAUAUUGGAUUUCUCUCCUGCGUGUGUUUUGUGGUAGCUUUUCUCGCUCGAAAACUUCCAGAUAACUUCAAUGAAGCGAAACACAUAACGUUUAGCAUGCUUAUCUUUUGUGCAGUUUGGAUAACUUUCAUUCCAGCUUACAUAAGUUCGCCAGGGAAAUAUGCUGUGGCGGUUGAAGUGUUUGCUAUUUUGGCUUCCAGCUUUGGUCUACUAAUUUGCAUUUUUGUUCCAAAAUGUUAUAUUAUUCUGUUGAAGAAAGAAAACAACACAAAAAGUUGCAUAAUGGGCUCAGUGUUUUCCAAAAAAAGCUUUGAAAAUGUUCAUAAAUGA